GGGAGAGAAGUUGACAGGAAAAACAUCACCAGUGCUCUUUGAGCGCUCGGUGUUUAUGGUGAAGCACUUUCUAACUUAACGACAGCGUACGCUGCCACGCACAGUUCAGUGACAACAGCGGGCUUGAAGCCACAACAUGUGCCGUUUGUGACAUUCACUAUGCUGCCUGGUUGGAUUUGGAAAAGUUGAAGACAACUUGAGAAGCUCCUGUGCCACUCAGCGCUUGAAGUUGGGGAAAGGGGAGAGAUGGGGAAUUCAGCGACCAAGUUUCGUAAAGCUCUCAUCAAUGGGGAUGAAGUACUAGCCUGCCAUCUAUAUGAGACCAACCUGCAGUUCAAGGAGGCUUUGGAUCCAAAUGCAACAUAUGGAGAGUCCUAUCAGCACAACACUCCGUUGCACUAUGCUGCUCGGCAUGCCAUGGCGCGCCUACUCAGGUCCUUUCUGUUAAACAAAGAUGGAAAUCCCAACAAGCGAAAUGUGCACAAUGAGACAUCACUACACCUUCUCUGCAUGGGACCCCAGAUCCUAACCUCAGAAGGGGCGCUGCAACCUCGACUUUCACGACCAUAUGAGGAUGAGCAUCGUCGGGCGGACUGUCUACAAGUCAUUCUAAACUGGACUGGGGCAAAGUUGGACCACGGGGAGUAUGAGACUGCUGAUAUCAAUGCCACAGACAACAAGAAGAAUAGUUGCCUCCACUAUGCUGCUGCUUCUGGCAUGAAAACAUGUGUUGAGUUCCUUGUGCAGAGAGAUGCAGACCUAUUUGCAGAGAAUGCAGACCGGGAGACUCCAUGUGACUGUGCAGAGAAACAACACCACAAGGAGCUGGCUCUGUGCCUGGAGUCACAGAUGGUCUUCUCUCUUGCCCCCGAGGCAGAGGGUAUCGAGGCAGAAUAUGCAGCCCUUGACCGAAGAGAGAUAUAUGAGGGCUUGCGACCCCAGGAUCUGCGAAGGCUCAAGGACAUGCUGAUAGUGGAGACAGCUGACAUGCUGCAGGCCCCACUGUUCACUGCGGAGGCACUGCUACGUGCCCACGACUGGGACAGAGAGAAACUCUUAGAAGCCUGGAUGACCAACGCAGAGGAAUGUUGCCAGCGCUCUGGCGUACAUAUGCCAAACCCACCACCAUCUGGCUACAACGCCUGGGACACCUUACCUUCACCUCGCAUGCCCCGCACCACCCACUCCUCAAUCACUUCCCCGGACCAAAUCAGCUUCAUCCCUCCUGAUGAUGAGUCUAAUCUGUGUGGCAUCUGCAUGCACACCAUCUCUGUCUUUGAGGACCCCAUUGACAUGUCCUGUGGCCACGAGUUCUGCCGAGCAUGCUGGGAAGGAUUUCUGAAUCUUAAAAUACAAGAGGGUGAAGCCCACAACAUCUUCUGCCCAGCGUUUGACUGCUACCAGCUGGUGCCUGUGGAAGUCAUCCAAAGUGUUGUUUCCAGGGAGAUGGACCAGCGCUACCUCCAGUUUGACAUUAAUGCAUUUGUGGAGAACAACCCAGUGAUUCGCUGGUGUCCUGAAGCCGGGUGUGAAAGGGCAGUGCGAUUGAACACCCAGGGCCCUGGAACAUCCACCUCAGACCCCCUAAACUUUCCCCUCCUUAGAGCCCCUGCCGUUGAUUGUGGCAAGGGUCAUCUCUUUUGCUGGGAGUGUCGAGGAGAAGCUCAUGAACCCUGUGACUGUGAUACCUGGAAGAUGUGGCUCCAGAAGGUCACUGAGAUGAAACCUGAGGAAUUGGCGGGUGUGAGCGAAGCUUAUGAAGAUGCUGCCAACUGCUUGUGGUUGCUCACUAACUCCAAACCCUGUGCCAACUGCAAGUCUCCCAUACAGAAAAACGAAGGAUGUAACCACAUGCAGUGUGCUAAGUGCAAGUAUGACUUCUGCUGGAUCUGUCUGGAAGAGUGGAAAAAGCACGGCUCAUCAACAGGAGGCUACUAUCACUGCACCCGCUACGAAGUAAUCCAACAGGUGGAGGAGCAAUCAAAGGAAAUGACUGAGGAGGCAGAGAAAAAGCACAAGAGUUUUCAGGAACUUGACAGAUUUAUGCAUUAUUACACACGAUUCAAGAACCAUGAGCACAGCUAUCAGCUGGAGCAGCGCCUGUUGAAAACAGCCAAAGAGAAGAUGGAACAACUCAGUCGAGCCCUGAGCAGAAGGGAAGGUGGUCCACCUGACACAACAUUCAUUGAAGAUGCAGUGCUAGAACUACUGAAAACUCGCCGUAUCCUCAAGUGCUCUUAUCCAUACGGGUUCUUUUUGGAACCCAAAAGCACGAAGAAAGAAAUCUAUGAGCUUAUGCAGAUGGACUUGGAGAUGGUGACUGAGGACCUCGCCCAAAAAGUUAAUCGGCCUUAUUUGCGAACUCCGCGCCACAAGAUUAUUCGUGCAGCGUGUUUAGUCCAGCAGAAGAGGCAGGAGUUCCUGGCCUCUGUAGCCAGGGGAGUGGCCCCCACAGACUCUCCUGAGGCCCCGAGACGCAGUUUUGCUGGUGGAACAUGGGACUGGGAGUAUUUAGGUUUCGGAUCACCGGAGGAAUAUGAAGAGUUCCAGUAUAGACGGCGACAUAGACAGCGUAGGCGAGGUGACAUGUCCAGUCUCCGAAGCAACACACCUGACCCUGAUGACCCCAGCGACGGGACUUUAGAUGCACAGGACGUAGGAGGUGAACAUAGACAAGGUCCUCUGAUGGGUCUCAGUUCUUUGGAGGAUGAUGAUCCAAACAUUCUGCUGGCCAUUCAGCUGUCACUCCAAGACUCAGGCAUGGCGGGGAUUGGGGCCAACCAUGAGGCCCUCUCCAGUGAGUCAUCACUUGGUGCGAUUGGGACCUCCCUGCCUUCUCGGCUUGAACAAGGUGCUCCAGUUGUAAGUGUCCUCCCUCGAGCUUCCCUCAGCAGCUCAGAGCUGCUGGAGCUGGGCGACAACUUGGCUCGACUCAGCAACGUCAACCUCAGCAGCCAGUACUCUGGUCCUGUUGGUGUUCCCACACAGCACUGUGUGAGCCACAGCCGCAUGUACAGGGAUUCCGGUGCAAUGCAAGCAGGUCCAGCAGGCAGCAACCCCUCCACAGGUCUUUUCUCCUCAUCCAGUGACACAACAGACUCCACCACCUGCGGCAGCCACGACCCGUCAUCAUCUUCUGCAUUAGCAGGAAACGCCAACCUGCUGGGUAACAUCAUGGCUUGGUUCCAUGACAUGAACCCUCAAGGCAUCACCCUGGUCCCCUCAACCUCCUCUGACACUGACGUAGACAUGCUCCAUGUAGGUGGAGGAAGAGGCCUACGGGAUGAUGAAAAACUAGAGGUUGUCGUCCUCCCCGAAAAUAAAAAAUCUCAGGAAGAGGUGGCAGACGUAGCUUUCUGCUCUCAGAUAAGGAGUGAGUUGGAGGAGGAGUCCGCUGCCGCCGAGAGGCCGACGCGGUUAGAUCUACUCGGGAUGGGCACUAAGCCGCUUUCUUACGUGGCUGCCAUUGAUGCAAGUGGCAGCCACGCUGAGGGGAGGGGUGCAAAGACUUGCCAUGUUGACACUCCACAGUGUGAGUCUGACCACUUACCCAGCACCAGCUCCUCUGAGUGGGAGGAGCAGGUGCACUUAGUGUGAUCUGAUUGGAUCAUGAUUAGCCUUUUUAUUUGAUGAGGGGCAAAGCACUGGUAAAUUAUAUAACAAGUGAAGACUAUGUGUUGUUGAUGGAAUGUACACUAAAGAAUGUGUCUUGGGGUCCUGUUAGGAAAUUUGUGGAAAGUAGAUUUCUGCUGAGGGCGCACGAAGACACCCAACUGUGAAAACGCCUUUAACGGGCGACAACAACGAGAAUCCACACUCGCACAUUCUAAUAACAUUUUCUGUGCACAUAAAAACAGCUGCAUCACCUGCGGCAGGUGGAAAAUCAUUUGGAUUGGGAUCACUUCCAUAAUCUGGUAAGGACAGUAGCUGCACAUACGAAUGUGGCUUUUAAAUCGUGUCGUGUAAUAUUUGACCCACAAAUAAUAAAGUAGGUAACACAGACCUGUGCUCGUCCCACGUUUGCAACUUUAUCAGGAACUACGUUUAUAUGAAGGAUUUUAAUCAGGAUGGAAUCAUUUUGAUUUUUGGCCGUAAUAACAAAGAUCAGAAUUGGCGCAUUUCCACUGCAUAGUUCCUGCUCAAUUCGAUUUGACUCGACCCGCCUUUUAUCGGUUUUCCAUUGGCCAAACCUCAUACCUAAUUCUGUUUUUGGUAUCACCUCUUAAAUUAGCUGAGGCAGUACCAAAAGGUGAUUUGAAAAUACCACAGAUGACUGAUUGGUCAAAGAGAAUUGUCGCUGUACGGGUUUCCACUACCCUCAAAUUGCUCAAUUUUAAGUAGGGAAUUAAAAAUAUGCUUAAUGGAAAUGCACAUUUACCAAAAAAAAACAAAAACUCAGACAUUGCAAAUAGUUUUUUUUUCUGCUCGCAUUAAGUAGUUUUUCAGAUUGAAAAAUUGCAAUGGUAAAUGAAUUACAUUUAUAUAACACUUGGCCCAUCUGAAUCAGAAGCUCAAGUGCUUCUGAUUCAGUGAUGCCUCACAUUCAGCCAUUCACACACUGAUCUCAGGGUGCUGCCAUGUAAGACACUCUACUAUACACUGGGUACAACUUGUGGGUUAAGGACAUUGCUCAAGGACCCUCAGUGAUUUUCCGGCCUGACAGGGAUUGAAUUUAGGAUUCCGCUGGUUUCAAGACCACCGCUUAAACACUAGACCUCUACCUUAUGGGGAGGUGAUGGUCUAGUGGUUGCUUAAGAGAUGCUGAAGAAACCUACCAUUUUUAUAUCAUUUGACAAGUAGCAUGUCUGCAGUGUACUAUAUCAUAUCACAGAAGCUAAACUAUUUAAUGAGAAGUGUGUGUGUGUUACAGUGAAAAUGGCUUCACAGCAUUUUCAUGUGGCGGCUCUAUGAAGAGUUUUCAUUAAUCUAAUCUGAAGUGGAAAAGGAAGUACUAAGUACCAAAAGCCAAUGGCGUUGAGUCGAGGAGAGCUGAGCCGGUACCAUCCAGUGGAAAAGUUCUAACACACGUUUAUAUGUACUGAUCAAAACAACUGGAUUGGCUAUUUUGGCAUGUGCACAAUGCAGCUCCUUUUCCCCAAUGCAAUUUUAGUUUGGCACUAAACCCUCAUCAUUCGUUAUUCACUGCACAAACUACAGCAGGAGAGAUUUUGUCUUAAAGAGAGCAGCAGAAUCACACCACGUUGUGCACUUUUUAACCUCUUUCUUCCCCUCAGAGUAGAUUCUGCUGCAGGGGCUGGUGGUUUGUGCAUGUUGUGGAUGGAAUAACUCCUCAUUCUGUUUGGUUCUAGCCAUCAAAACUGUUUAUUUAAAAAUAUUUAUUUUUCAUGUUUAUGAAAUCUAUAUCGUCUCUUCCCUCAUCCUUUUACAGGAAAAUCUCUGAGGACUUUUCCGACUUUUAAUCAUCAUUGAUCUUGUCGAUAUGUAAGUGAUGAGCACGUGGGGAACAAUCUGAUUGGCCGUUCCGUGUUUUUCCACAUAAACGCUUGAAACUUCCUUGUCAAACAGAGCAGGUUUCUAGUCAAAUCCACAUAUUUCAUUCUAUUCUAGUUUGAGACAUUUCUGUUGAGAUUGUCAAUUAUUAUGACAAUUGUCAGAUUAUUAGUGUCAGUUGGAGAUAAUAAAGCACUUUUUAAUAGCUUUGUGUUCACUGUCCAGACAGAGACACACAGUCGCCGUAUUUCCAUCACUGGGGAGCACCUUAAACUCUAUGAGAGUUGUAAGAUCUGGAGUUGUUUGCAAAGUGCACAUUGUGUAUUGUUCUCCCCCCCAGGAGUAAAAAGCCUACUGCAUUUGGCUCAGGUGUGAAGGAGCUUUUUCUAGCUGUACAUAAUGAUCAGAUUAUUAUGUUUCUAGGUGGGGAAAAAAACCCCAUCCUGUUUUUGGUCCAUAUCUGCCUACUUUCUCGGUGCCAAACACUGACCAGUUAAAGCACAGUUUGCAGUCACCAAGUGGAUUCUUUGAAGCAAAUCGUGCCUGCUGAUUACAAUCUCAUCCACUCAGCUCCUGUUUCAAUGUGAACGCCUCAGAGAGCCAUAUUUUAUUGAAAGAAAAAAAAAAAGAUUCCUGCUGAGCGAUGUUUUCAAACCUCGGUGUCUAAAACCUGCAGUGUGCUGUGUAAAUCUUUUAAGACCUUAAUAUUUGUGUGCUUACUUUGUAUCUUUCAUGCUAAGAGUCGUCGACGACGACCUGCCUGAUGGAGCCGCCGAGCGUCAUUAAAUUUGCAUGUUCAUAUUCAGGAUUUGAUUGUAGCCUGUCUGAAAGGGCUGCAGCUCAACAGGCAUCGAAACGAAUCACGGCGUCGUCAAGUAAAACCUCAGAACUUUGCAGGACAGAAAACUGCGUUCACAUUACCACCUGAAGUGAUCUGAUCUGACCGUUCUCACAGCAGUCACAUUGCCACGGAUCAGAUUUACAGCCGCUCGUAUACGUACACGAGGCUGAGUUCAGACUGCAGAUCACCUCCCGUAAAAUCUCAUUUGAGCGUCCAGAGUGAGACGCAUCUGUUGAAAUCUGAAUCACAUUUCAGACAAACUCCAGGUGCCCGCACACACGGAAGAGAGUUUAGGCGCAUCUGCUGAAACCUUUGGAUCAUAUCGGCGUUUCAUCCACACGGAACCAACAUUUUCCGUUUUCGAUAACGCUACUAUUUGAAAAGGGUCCCAGAGUGGAUAAAUCUCAAAACUGUGUUUUUAUGUUUCAUGUGUACAACCGUUAUGCAACUUUUGUGAAACGGUAUCUUAACCCCACCUGUCUAACCUUAGCCUUAAUCGCGGCCAAGUAUUUGUCACGUGUCUCGGUACUGCAUCUGAAACGUGUUCAUUAUAUCGGCGUAUUUGGAUUGACACAAUUCCCAGACAACAUUCUCUCACAAUUUUAUGACAUUUGUGAAUACCCAUCAUAAAUUAAAUAGCUGUGUACAAGGUCCAGCUCAGUAAAACACUUGCCAACAGAGCAAAAUAUUUGAAGGUUUCAUGAAGCAGAGAACAUUUUGACACCAAUCUGGGCUUUCUGCGUAAAAAAUCCAGUAACAAGUUCAUGUAGGGCCAUUUUGCAUAUUUUGAAAUUUUGUGAAAAAGUAUCAUGUGACAAAUGGGCGUGGCCUAUACCCGUGGGAAGAGCACCAUCCACUAAAAUUUUACAAGUUAUUACAAGGUGUUUUCUUGCAGGGGUGGUGGUCAAGUGGUUAGUGUACUUGGUUUAAGUGCUGAAGGUUCCUGGUUCAAGCCCCACCCCUGCCAUAUCUCUCCAUGUAAUGUGGAGUUGCAUCAGGAAGGGAGUCCGGCAUAAAACCUGUGCCAAUUCAACAUGCAGAUCCAUCCAUGGAUUUGCUGUGGUGACCCAAAGUGCAAAAUAGGGUAGCAUCUGUGGUAAUGGCACAGUUUCAUUAAAUUUGGCAUUGCAACUCUAACAGAGGCCGUGCACAUACCUGCCCGAGUUCAUGCUGUUCUGUGAUCCCAUUAAUGCGAAAAUGCAUCAUGAAGUAAAGAUGGUUAAAGUCAAAGCCAUGACAAUUGCAAACAGAGCAACAAAUUUUCAAGUUUCUGGUCCAAUUAUUAAGAUUCAUGAACCAGAGAACUUGUUGAGACCGAUCUACAUUUUCUAUGUCUAAAACUCGAGCCAAGUUUUUUGGGGUGGGGUCAGUUUCACAAUAUUGCCACAAAAGCACCAAUGCGGGUGGCCUGCACCAUUAGAAUCACUUCACCAAUCGCAAUGG